AUGGCAGCCUCCAGAAAGGCACCGCGAGUAAGGGCAAACUACCAGGAUUUUCAGCUGAAAAAUUUAAGAAUAAUUGAACCUAAAGAGUUGACAUACUCAGGAGACCCAGGUGUGGAAACAGACAGCAGAAUGGCUCCGAAGGUAACUUCAGAGCUGCUUCGGCAGCUGAGACAAGCCAUGAGGAACUUGGAGUACGUGACAGAACCAAUCCAGGCCUACAUCAUCCCGUCGGGAGAUGCCCACCAGAGUGAGUACAUUGCUCCGUGUGAUUGUCGGCGCGCCUUUGUCUCUGGAUUUGAUGGCUCUGCAGGCACAGCCAUCGUCACAGAAGAGCAUGCGGCCAUGUGGACGGACGGGCGCUACUUCCUCCAGGCUGCCAAGCAGAUGGACAGCAACUGGACGCUCAUGAAGAUGGGUCUGAAGGACACACCAACUCAGGAAGACUGGCUGGUGAGUGUACUUCCUGAAGGAUCCAGGGUUGGUGUAGACCCACUGAUCAUUCCUACAGAUUACUGGAAGAAGAUGGCCAAGGUCCUGAGAAGUGCUGGCCACCACCUCAUUCCUGUCAAGGACAACCUUGUGGACAAGAUCUGGACAGACCGCCCCGAGCGUCCCUGCAAACCGCUCAUCACACUGGGCCUGGAUUACACAGGCAUCUCCUGGAAGGACAAGGUUGCAGACCUUCGGUUGAAAAUGGCUGAGAGGAACGUCGUGUGGUUUGUGGUCACUGCCCUGGAUGAGAUUGCGUGGCUAUUCAAUCUCCGAGGAUCAGACGUAGAGCACAAUCCUGUAUUUUUCUCCUAUGCAAUCUUAGGACUAGAGACGAUCAUGCUCUUCAUUGACGGUGACCGCAUAGACGCCCCCAUUGUGAAGGAACACCUGUUGCUUGACUUGGGCCUGGAAGCCGAGUACAGAAUCCAGGUGCUUCCGUACACGUCCAUCCUGAGCGAGCUCAAGAUCCUGUGUGCCAGCCUCUCCCCAAGGGAGAAGGUUUGGGUCAGUGACAAGGCCAGCUAUGCUGUGAGCGAGGCCAUCCCCAAGGAUCGUCGCUGCUGUAUGCCUUACACCCCCAUCUGCAUCGCCAAAGCUGUGAAGAAUUCUACUGAAUCAGAAGGCAUGAGGCGAGCUCACAUUAAAGAUGCCGUUGCCUUAUGUGAACUCUUUAACUGGCUGGAAAAAGAGGUGCCCAAAGGUGGUGUGACAGAGAUCUCAGCCGCCAACAAAGCUGAGGAAUUCCGCAGGCAGCAGGCCGACUUUGUGGACCUGAGCUUCCCAACCAUUUCCAGUACGGGACCCAAUGGCGCCGUCAUUCACUACGCGCCGGUCCCUGAGACGAAUAGGACCUUGUCUCUGGAUGAGGUGUACCUCAUUGACUCGGGUGCUCAAUACAAGGAUGGAACCACAGAUGUCACUCGCACCAUGCAUUUUGGAACUCCUACGGCUUAUGAGAAGGAAUGCUUCACAUAUGUUCUCAAGGGCCACAUAGCUGUGAGCGCAGCUGUUUUCCCGACUGGAACCAAAGGCCACCUCCUUGAUUCCUUUGCCCGCUCUGCCUUAUGGGGUUCUGGCCUGGAUUACCUGCACGGAACGGGGCAUGGCGUCGGGUCUUUUCUGAAUGUUCAUGAGGGUCCAUGUGGCAUCAGUUACAAAACGUUCUCUGAUGAGCCCUUGGAGGCCGGCAUGAUCGUCACUGAUGAGCCAGGGUAUUAUGAAGACGGGGCUUUUGGAAUUCGCAUUGAGAAUGUUGUUCUAGUGGUGCCUGUUAAGACCAAGUAUAACUUCAACAACCGGGGAAGCCUGACCUUUGAACCUCUGACUUUGGUUCCAAUACAGACCAAAAUGAUAGACGUGGAUUCUCUAACAGACAAAGAGCGCGACUGGCUCAACAACUACCACCUGACCUGCAGGGACGUGAUCGGGAAGGAGCUGCAAAUGCAGGGCCGCCAGGAAGCCCUCGAGUGGCUCAUCAGAGAGACGCAGCCCAUCUCCAAACAGCCUUAA